AUGAGGUGGCUCCUGGGCAGCAGCUUGAAACACUUUGGACAUGCUGACAGGGGGAACUAUGACUGGCUAAACAGUGAACCGGGUGGGCCACUUCUGGAAACAGAGCUUCAGAGCAGACAGCAGACAAGCUCAACCAAAGACGACAUAGAGCCCUUUCUGUGUAUCAUCCUGCCUGCCACCAUGAUGCUCUUCCUGGCAUUCCUGCUGCUCUUCCUGUACCGCCGCUGCCAGCGCCCCGCUCCGCAGGGCCAGAUCUUCAGCAUCGACCUUCCCGAGGCCCUGCCCGAGCACGACGGGCCCCACUUCCUCUCGGCCCUGCCCUGGAGCAGCGAGCAGAGCUUCCACUACUCCACGCUGGUCCCCGACGCCACCUUCCUCUCGGUGUGCUCGCCUCCGUCCUACGAGGAGGCCACCAUGAAGACUUCCCUGGAGGAGGCUCGCGCUGAGCCCUCUCCAGGCCCAGUGCCUCCCUACGAGGAGAGCAGCAGCACCAAGUGAACUUCCCACGGAAGCGCCUCAGCUGAAGCGUGCAGCACAAAGGUGGAACUGCUCUGGCCUUUAAGAUUGGUGAAAAGGUUCCAAAUGAGGCACAAAACCAAUGAAUUUAUGAAGGAAGAAACUUGAAGUAACAGGGACUGCGUCUCUUCACCUCAUCCCAGGAUUCCCUACCUUCCA